AUGCUGAUCAAGGUGAGUCGCCCUCAUGCGUCCUUUCAUCACUAAGUGGCUUGCAUCUGACACGCUCCGCAACGCCUAUGCAGGUCAAGACACUCACAGGUGAGCGAAUUCUUGAGACAGCUUGUGCCUGAGGAGUGCGCCAAAUCGUGCUCACUGUAGUCUGAUCCCUCCCGGUGGCUGCCUCGAACGCAUACAGGCAAGGGUGAGUGCGGCAGCCAGCACAGCUCGGUGAACCGGUACUCAUGCUUUCCUCACACCCCACGAUAAACCAGAGAUCGAGCUGGACAUCGACAGCUCCGAUAGGGUGAGUCGGCGCGCCGAAGGAUCUCAAUCCUGACCUUCGAGGCAUCACGCGAGGAUGGGAAAGGCAGGCGACUGACCUGCAAUCUUCAAUAAUCUCUCCACAGGUGUCGCGCAUCAAGGAGCGCGUUGAGGAGAAGGAAGGAAUCCCACCUGCUCAACAAAGAUUGAUCUUUGGUGGAAAGCAGAUGCAUGACGAUAAGACUGCGAGGGAGUUUGGUGUAGAGGGUGGAAGUGUUCUGCACGUGAGUAGAGUCUUUGACUCUGUCGACGGCAUGGCAGGAUGUCCGUGCUGUCUCUCGAGACAGUCUAGACAGAACAUCCAACAGGUUGCUCAAGCCCGAGCUGGUGCUCGAGCAGACUGCUUGAGCGUUGACUAUGUACCGAGGAUGCGCUGCAACAAAUCCAUCUGACCGACUCUUGGCUGACUCCGGAUUCAUCCAAUUUACUGCACAAUGCAACAGCUUGUCCUUGCCCUGCGAGGCGGGCAGUAA